GAUAGCGAUGGAGACCCCGGGCGCUUCGGCCGGGCCUUUGUUGCUCCCGGAGGCGCCCGGGCCCCGCAGGAAGCGGGCAGCGGGGGCGGCGGAGGCCGUGACGGGCAAGCAGCGGGUGCUGGACGAGGAGGAGUACAUCGAGGGCCUCCAGACAGUCAUCCAGAGGGAUUUUUUUCCCGACGUGGAGAAGCUACAGGCACAGAAAGAAUACCUGGAGGCUGAGGAAAAUGGAGAUCUGGAGCGCAUGCGCCAGAUCGCCAUCAAGUUUGGCUCUGCUCUGGGCAAGAUGUCCCGAGAGCCCCCGCCGCCCUAUGUGACUCCAGCCACAUUUGAGACCCCUGAGGUGCACACAGGCCCCGGAACAGGGGGUAUCAAGCCCCGGGGCCGGGGCCGAGGGCUGGAGGAAGGAGACGCUGGAGAGGAGGAGGGGAAGGAGCCGCUGCCCAGCCUGGACGUCUUCCUGAGCCGCUACACGAGCGAGGACAACGCCUCUUUCCAGGAGGUCAUGGAGGUGGCCAAGGAGAAGAGCCGGGCACGCCACGCCUGGCUGUACCAGGCCGAGGAGGAGUUCGAGAAGAGGCAGAAGGAUAACCUCAUGCUCCCGUCGGCAGAGCACCAGGCCAUCGAGAGCAGCCAGGCCGGAGUGGAGACCUGGAAGUACAAGGCCAAGAACUCCCUCAUGUACUACCCCGAGGGUGAGUGGGCACCGCCGCGUGGGGAGGCGUGUGCGGCCGUUGGGGGUGGCGUGUGCUCUGGCCUUUGGCUUUCUGGGCCUCGGCCGCCUCGGUCCCGGUCUGCCUCGGGAGGGGGCGGCUGGCUCCGGGUGAGGUCGGCGAGGGAGCGGGGCCCUCCCCAGCUCGCCCGGGCCCCGUGGCUGCGGCGUCUGAGCAGUCCGAUGCCUCGGCUCGCCUGGGGUGACUCGGCCGAGGGGAAGGGCGUUGCUCCUCUCCCACAGGCUGCCGCCCCCCGACGCCCGCUGCCGCCUCUGCCCGCCCCGCCAGGCGUCCCUGACGAGGAGCAGCUGUUCAGGAAGCCGCGGCAGGUGGUGCACGGGAACACCCGCUUCCUCAGGGAUCCCUUCAGCCAGGCCCUGAGCCGGUCCCAGCUGCAGCAGGCGGCCGCCCUCAACGCACAGCACAAACAGGGCAAGGUGGGCCCCGACGGCAAGGAGCUGAUCCCCCAGGAGGCCCCCAGGGUGGGGGGAUUUGGAUUCGUCGCCACUCCUUCUCCUGCGCCCGGGGUGAAUGAGUCCCCCCUCAUGACCUGGGGUGAGGUCGAGAACACACCCCUGAGGGUGGAAGGAUCAGAAACUCCCUACGUGGACAGGACGCCGGGGCCAGCCUUCAAGAUCUUGGAGCCGGGGCGCAGGGAGCGGCUGGGGCUGAAGAUGGCCAACGAGGCCGCCGCCAAGAACCGGGCCAAGAAGCAGGAGGCUUUGCGGAGAGUGACAGAGAACCUGGCCAGCCUCACCCCGAAAGGCCUGAGCCCGGCCAUGUCCCCUGCCCUGCAGCGCCUGGUGAGCAGGACGGCCAGCAAGUACACUGACCGCGCCCUGCGGGCCAGCUACACACCGUCCCCCUCACGCCCCACCCACCUCAAGACCCCGGCUGGCGGGCCCCAGACCCCCACUGGCACCCCGGCCCCCGGCUCUGCCACGCGCACCCCGCUGAGCCAGGACCCAGCCUCCAUCACGGACAACCUGCUGCAGCUCCCCGCCCGCCGCAAGGCCUCCGACUUCUUCUAGGGGCCGGCUGCAGGGCUGCGGCACCCGGGCACACACAGGACACACGUGCUCACCGCAGGGAUGGAGCUCAGCGCGCAGCCAGAGGCGACUCGCCGUUUUCUAUCACCCCUGUCCGGACGGUCAUUAAAGGAUGGCAGCACGAUCUGGCAGGCGCCUUCCGUCCCCUGGACUGGCCGGGUCUGUGUCACUGUCUCAGGCUGCACGGGCCUCCCAGGGGAGGAGGCCGCGGCCAUGGUUACCACCGCCAAUUGCGGGGUCAGGGCAAUGGCUCUCCCGCCACCUCUGUGUUCCUCGCCCAGACUGAGUUCACAGCAGGUCUGCCCCCCAUGGACCCCCAAGUCUUUCUGUUCUUCCAGGGCAGGCUCGGAGACCCUUGGCAGUUGUGCCCUCAGUUUGGCAGGUCUGUAGCCCCGCGAGCGGGGCAAACAGUUGCCGGGACUGCUGGGGUCCCCUACCUGUGGCCUUGGCUGCACCUCUUUCCAGCUCCCAAGGCCAAGAAGAGUGGACCUGGGGAAGGUGGCUUUGUCUCCUGCCCCUCCCCUGCGCCAGGGCUCUGCCAAGUCACCUGCUGCAGCCCCCACCGUCCCCACCUGCCCGGGCCCUAGACAGCAGGAACCUGGGCCUUGGGGUCAGCAGGAGCGGGGCCAGGCCCCUGGCACCCCAUCAGCAGGGCCCGAGCCAGGAGGCCUGGCCACUGCGGGUCCCCGAUAGCCUGGUCGGCUGCUUCCAGUGCAGGGCAGAGGCCUGGCCCCCGGUGGAGCUGGGACCGAGGCUGUGGUUUGGCUCCCAAGGGGCUCUCUCCAGGCCUGACACGGGGUCACAGUUGGCCGUCUGGGUGACGGAGCCCACAGAAGCACAGCCAGCCCCUGCCCGGGUGGAGCCCGGCCAGCCCUGCGCCACGUCCUUGUUUCUGUCCCCCUGUCAGCCCACGGACCCCUCCGGAGGCCAGGCCGAGGACGCCAUCUGCCAUGGGACUGCCACUGGGCACCGCAGCUGCGCUCCUCGACCGGGACUCCUAUAAGUUCCCAGGGGGCCAAGCCCCAUGCACAGCCCGCAAGCCGCCAAGGGGGGACGUGGGGGUGCAGCCGACCAGGUGGAAGGUGCCGUCUCUGGUGCUUUUCCCCAGGGGCAGGCAGGCUCUGGCCCAGCGGAGCCCCCGGCUGGGUGGGUCAGACGGAGGGGGGGCACCUCACAGGGCACGUGCAGCGCUGGUGUGGGGAGCGUGCCGGGGGCAGGCACGGGCAGGGUCUGAGCUGGGGUGGAGCAGAGGGCUCAAGGACACAGGUCACCCACCUCGGACGGCCCCGGGAAAGGGGGGAGGAGGCCGCUGAGGGGUCCAUCGUGGGAGAGUGGUGGGGCCAGUGCCUCUGCGGUGGUGGCACGAGUGGGCCCAGCCCUGUGGGCACCGGGGCUGGGAUGCAGGUCCGAGGGAGGCCGUGUGGCUUCUCCGCUGCAGACCCAGGCCUCUCCCACGCCGCAGGGAGGGUGGGCGGCUGAGUCCCAGAGAAAAAGACUCCUCGGUGGGCACUGGUGAAGCUGUAUAUAUUUUGCAGUUUAUUUGGUGGUCAGUAAUUAACGUCUCUGCUACUGAGUGGAAGAAAGCUAAUAGAACGUAAUCAAAAUA